AUGAGAUAUAAUAAUGAUUUAAAUAUGGAUUUUAAAUCACGUCGAUCAGUAGUCUAUGGUAGAAAUUGUAUUGUAUCAUCGUCUCAACCAUUGGCAAGUCAAUGUGGUUUGGAAAUCUUACGUAAAGGUGGUAAUGCAGCUGAUGCAGCUGUUGCAACAGCAGCUGCUCUUAAUGUAACUGAACCAUGUUCAUGUGGUAUUGGUGGUGAUUGUUUUGUUUUAUAUUAUGAUAAUAAAAGAAAAAAAGUGUUAGGUUUAAAUGGAAGUGGUCGAGCUCCAAAAAAUUUAACAUAUGAAAAAAUUCGAGAAAUGGGAAUAAAAGGAAAAAAUAUUCCAUAUGAUAAUAUUAAUUCAAUUACUGUUCCAGGUGCUGUUGAUGCUUUUAUUGAAACAAUUAAAUUAUUUGGUUCGGGAAAUUUAUCAUUAAAUGAAAUUCUUAAUCCUGCUAUUCGUUUAGCUGAAGAUGGAUAUCCUGUUUCAGAAAUAACUGCUUUUAGUUGGGCAUCAUCAGAAUAUUUACUUAAACAAGCAUCAAAUAAUGGAAAUGAUAUGCUUAAAAAUGGACGAGCACCUAAACCUGGUGAAAUAAUGAAAAUGCCUAAACUUGCUAAAACAUUAAGAGAAAUAGGUGAAAAAGGUCGAGAUGGAUUUUAUAAAGGUUAUAUUGCAGAAUCUAUUGUAGAAUUAAUUAAAAGUAAAGGUGGUUUAAUGACAAUUGAAGAUUUAUCUUCACAUCGAUCAACAAUUGUUGAACCAAUAAGUAUAUCAUAUUGUUUAAAUGAUAAACAAUCAAUUAGAAUAUGGGAAUGUCCUCCAAAUGGUCAAGGUAUUGUUGCUCUUAUGGCUAUUGGAAUAUUAGAACAAAUGCAAAAAGAUAAAAAAAUUCCUUCAUUAGAAAAUUUUCAACAUAACUCAGCUGAAUAUCUUCAUGCUCUUAUUGAAUCCCUUCGUUUAGCUUUUUCUGAUGGAUCUUAUUAUAUUUCUGAUCCAGAUAUUGAAGAUAUACCUUUAAAUGAAUUAUUAUCAUCAAAUUAUUUAUCUAAACGUGCUCAAGAUUUUAAUCCAAAUUCUGUUAAUAAAUAUAUAAAACAUGGAAAACCAGUUAAUUCAUCUGAUACUGUUUAUUUUGCUGUUACAGAUAAUCAAGGAAAUGCUUGUUCAUUUAUUUUUUCAAAUUAUACUGGUUUUGGUACUGGAGCUAUUCCAAAUAAUUGUGGAUUUACAUUACAAAAUCGUGGAUCAAAUUUUAUAUUAGAAGAAAAUCAUCGAAAUUGUAUAAAAGGUGGUAAACGACCAUAUCAUACAAUUAUUCCAUCAAUGAUAACUUAUCAGAAUGGAGAUUUAUUAGGAUGUUAUGGUGUUAUGGGAGGAUUUAUGCAACCACAAGGUCAUUUACAAGUACUUAUGAAUAUGUUACAUUUUAAUAUGAAUGUUCAAGCUGCACUUGAUGCUCCAAGAUUUUGUAUUGGUCCCUAUAUUCCUAAUGGUAGAGAUGAUUAUGUUGAAAGUGAAGUAUUUAUAGAAGAUGGAAUUUCUGAACAAGUUUUAGAAAAACUUAAAUCAUUGGGCCAUCAUGUUAAAUUGAUAAAAGGAGCUGAUCGAUCAAUAUUUGGUCGUGGUCAAAUCAUUCUUAAAUUAUCUAACGAUGAUAAUCAAUUAGUUUGGGCAGCAGCUUCUGAUCCAAGAUCAGACGGAUAUCCUAUUGGAUAUUAA